UCUCCAAUCAUUUAAGGGGGGUUACGAACACUUUAAGGGGGUUGAAGUGACACCACUGAUCUUAGAUACAGUUCUUAUAAUGUUAUAGCAGUCUUAUGCGCAUUUCCGUUUCCAAAGUACGAGCAAAUUUUAUUUUGAAGGCGCCAUCAACUACUUCCGUUCUCAAAUCAGAAAUUGUCGCGUUGGCGAGCAUCUUUGCGGUGACGGCAAGGCUAUCAGACUUCACGCACACAGACAGCGUGACUGACGGGUGAAGGAAGAAACAGAUUCGUCUUUGUUUUCCGGUAGAGAGGAUAAGCAACUUGCCGGCAGAGGGUGCAUGGAGAGCGGAGCCCUGCUUGCGCGCACCCGGGGCAGCUCGAUCGGAUGCCGCCGUUAGCUGUUCUCCAUCCAACAUUCAUUGGUUGACCGAUGGCUCCCAAACAUGCGCUCUUUCUCAGCAGCGGCGGCGGCGGCUGCGGGGUGGGCACGAAAAAGAGUCCAAAAGGGCAAUUCUCGCCGUGUCACAUGGAUGCGCGGACGCCGAGGCAGGAGAAGAGGACGCGGGCGCAGGGCGGGAUGCUGUCCCGGUGCUUUGUGACCGUCGGCGCGGUGCUGAUGCUGAUGAUCCAGUGUUCCUUGGCUGCUGAUGAUGAGGCUGACCAUCGUGAGUUAGAAAGGCUCUCCGUCUUGCUAUUGGAUCCCACUGUGCCCAGCUCAUCCCACUGGGGGACUGGGGAGAAAGACAAAGACGUAACGGAAGGGACUGACCCGAGCCAAGUAUUGACUGAGUACAAAAGAUCGGUGUGGAUUGAAUCAAAACGUAGAGUGGCUGCUACAGGAGACAGCACGGUCCUCUCAGAAACUGGAAUCAUGAGAGGAGCUGGGGCUAAAGGUAGACUGGUUGACACAAUUGUGGAAGACCUGCCAAGCUCACCCAGAUACUCAGCUGCCUGGCUUAGGCAGACGGUUGGACAGGACAAAGGAGGGCAGGCAGUCCUAACAAAGGUGGCAGAGACACGAGACCCACAAGAAGUGAGAAAGCCUAUAGGACUGCUGUCUAAGGCUUCUUGGACCAAAAUCUCCUCUUCGUCAUCAUCCAAAGCUUCCUCCUCUAGUUCCACAACAAAAGCAUCGUCUUUAACUUCCACAACCACAUCUUUAUCCUCCACUCCAGCCAUUAGCCGUGACAUUCAGACAGUGAAGCCAGACGCUGUCUCUCUUCUUGAUGUCAGCAACAUCUCCUCAGAUGGCAACAGCACCACCUCUCUUGAUGUUGUCCAAUCGACAGCGGCGUCGGUGAGCGGCCUGCCAGCCUGGGAUCUCCCCACAGUUCCUGAGUCUCUCUUGUCCACAGCUGGUGAUCAUGACAUCACACUCCCUGCAAAUGUCACCAGCCCUUUCUCCACCCAUCAAUGGAACGCCACUGUGCCCGUGCGCAGUAGAACUUACUCUCAGAACACAACAACGAUAAAAAAUACCACAAACACUCUGUUGCCCACAUCCACCUCAAGCACCAUUGUGAAAGUGAACACACCACCGCUGUCUACUAUUGCUUCACUCAGCCCGGACAACUUGACCAAUGAUAGCAUUCAGGUCGAAACCUUGACAACAACAAAGUCCUUAGUGACCAUUCCUACUGUGAGGACCCUUGCUGUUACAGCACCGGCAGUGACCACUGGGGUCACUGUAAGAGUUUCCUCAAAUAUCACAGAUGCUGCAACUAUGCAGCCAUCAUCGAGCCUCAAACUAACCACAGCAGCUAUGACUCAGCCUGCAACCACCACAACUACUACAACAACACCCACAACCACCAUGACACUCGCUCCAUCCACCACGAUAAUUACUACUGCCACACCUGAAACUACUACUCCAUACACCACCACCACCACUACUACCACAACAGCAACAACAGAAUCAGCAAAGAUACCUGCUACAGUGUUUAUCCCAGUCCAAACUGUACCAAUUACUUCCACAACUGUAGAACUGCCAAGCGGCACCGUUACAGAGGAAAGUCCACUACCAUGCAACAUUACUGAGAAGUACUGGGUCAAAACAGUUUUGUCCAUUGAAGUUCGGAAGAAUCGACUUGAUCUGGUCCUAAAACAGAAUUUAGCUAAAGGACUAAGUCAUGCCCUGCAGAAAGCCCUAAAUGACUCCACUGCUUAUGCACAGGUGGAGCGUGAUGACUGCAGCCCACGCAAUAUCACCCUGGUUUACUAUGUGGCUGGUGUCAAAACUGUCUAUAUUUCCGCCAUUGUGGUUGAGGCUCUUAGUGUUUAUGGCUUUGACAAGCUGAUGUCUGACAUAAGGCAGCACGCACCAUUGGUGAAUGCAGUUCUUGUUCCCGUGGCAACUUGGUUGCCUACCCCAAGCAUUCACCUGCAGCUGAAAACAGUGUUGAGAUUUGUUGGCCCCACAGACAACAUUUACUCCUGCAGUUUUGUCCAGAUGCUAGAGCAGAGACUGGAGAACGCCUUUGACGAGGCUCAGGACAAAGUUCUCGAGACCUACAGCAAGCUCACUGUGGAGAUCCAAAGCGUGGCCCAAGAACCGGACUCUCCAUUGGUCUCACUGGUGUAUGUGGUCAAGAAUCAGGACACCGAACUCAAUGGAACCAUCUCGAGCAGCCUACUCAACCAGCUCACUGCUGAGUUGGUGGGCUACUUUCUGUUCUACCCGCCUCUGGUCAUCGCUGAGCCCCUUGAAUACCACAAUCUCAACACAUCCACUGCGACCAGGAGCUAUUGGGUUAUAACAGUGAUCCAGGAUGUGGACAGGUCUUCCCUGGAGGCCAACUAUCAGAGCUUUGCCAGCUUGAUGGAGCAGCGGCUGGCCGAGCUCUUCCAUGUGGCCGGUCGGCAGGGAUCCCAGACUUUGCGAUCCAAGCGUGCAACAACUGUGGGGGGUUACACUGUACAGAUGGUGAGCAUGCGUCGGUUGCCUGGUCCCAAGAACCCGGCGGAGAUGACGUACUACGCACAGUUGAAUGGCGCACCCAUCACUGGACCCACAGCGGCCAAGACGCUGAGCAGUCUUGACUCCCAAACCAUGGCACUGACUCUGGGUUACUUUGUGCAAGUGCAGGCUGAACCUGUGGUGAAGAUGCCACAGAGCAACUUGUGGAUCAUGGCUAUCCUCACACCUCUAUUCUUGCUAAUGGUGGUCAUCGGGAUGGUGGUCUUCAUUCUGUGUAAGAGGAACAGGGUCAUCUUCAAAGCUGGUGCCUUCAGGACCUUCAAAAGCCGCUCCAAGACCUCAUAUCGGCGGGAAGGCAGUUACCACCACCAGCCUGUUCAGGGGUUUGACUAUGCCAAGAAGCACAUGGGUCGAACAGGUGAUGAGUCCAUCUCUUUAAACAAGGACACUUUAGUUCUGGGACUGCCUGUGCGAGAUGCCCCCCUGUCAAUGUCAUUGGAUAAGAAGGUGUACCAGGAUGGGACUGCCAACAAGAGACCACCUUCUGCUGACAUACACAAAGGAGGGCGGUUACCAAGCGAGGAUGGUUCAAUGUCGAGUAACAGCUCUGGGAAGAUGAAUGCCAGCAAGAACUCGUCGGCCCGAAAGACAGCCACUGGCGGCAGCUGCAAGAACGGCAAGGAGGAUCUGCACAAAAGGAGCGCCAAUGACCCAUACGAUGAUCAUACAGGUUCUCUACGGCUCAUCACCAUCAAACCCAUGACAGCUCAGCCAACUUACUCCUACCCCUCGUCCUCCUCUCACAGCCAAGACUCUGUGAUCCUGAAUGGCGAGGCUAAUCAUAGCGGGUUGAAGCAGAAGUCGGACAUUGAACACUACAGGAACAAACUGCACCAGAAAGCCCGUAGGAAAGGUUAUGGAGAGUUCUCCCUUUCUGAGGGUGGCAGCCACGGUUAUGGUCACAGCCGGCAUAGUCGGCAUGACAACGGAGUCAAGGAACCAAUGACUGCAGAGGAAAAGAGGGCCUCUUUUGCUGGAUGUCAUAAGAGGGACUCCCAUCCACGGGAGCCUACCUAUUGGAGCAGGCAAUCGCUGAGCAGUCCCAGCCCAGUGGAGACGGAGAUGGACCUUCUGGUUCUUCGAGAGAGAGCCAGACGAGGCAUCCGCAACAACGGCUACGAUGGUGAACCGGAGCCGUUUGAGGAAACCAAUGUGGACCGUCUGAUGAGCUCUCUUGGCUAUGGAGGUGGAUCUACUGGCACAGGAAAUGGUAGCCUGGGGGUGAAAGCUCACCGCGGCUCCGACUCCUCCACACUCAGCUCUCAGCCAUCCAUUGACGACGUCCGCACACAGAUGCAUAUGUUGCUUGGCAACGCCUUCAGCCUGGCACCCCCGGACCAUGACCCACCUUCCCCUCCUACUAAGCGCCACCAUCACCACCACCACGUCCACAGCGCCUAUAACCCGUCUCACACCAGCCACUACAGUGAUGGAGUGACGAGCGCCCCUGGGACCAUGAACCACCCCUGUGGAAGCAGGCAGAGGAGCCUUGGCUAUGAGGAUUUGCACCAGUGUAGCCUACCAAAACCGGGUUUCCGGUUCACACAGCUCCCCGAUAUGGGUAUUGGGUCUCCCCCGCCGCUAGUCCCCUCAAGACCAGGACCUCCACCUGGACCUUCACUGAGACGCUCUACUCCCGAUGUAAGCCUGAAGCCUCGAGUGUCUGAGGCCUCAGAUCUGCAGGACCAACAACAGCACAACGGGGCCCCUUACCUGCCACUAUCGAGGACCACCUUCCCCGCUGUGACUGUUGACCAGUCCAUUAGCACCUACUCAGGAAACCCAAUAACAGCAGUGUACGCUAUAUCAGCCAACCACCCAGGUUACUCUGAUUACUUCGUCAUGUCGCCUCCGUCCUCGUACCGUAGUCCAUCCUGGAUGUCCUACCCACCUGAGCCAGAAGAUCUUCCACGGCAGUGGAAUGACCCGCCGCAGAGCUCACGACACCUCGAAACCAUCUGCUGAAGCCGCCACGCCCUCCCCAUCCCCACGUGGAAACAAUCGGUAGCUCUGUGUCUGUUUGGUUCGAAAGAUGCUCUUUCUCUCUCUCUCUCUUUCUGGAUCCUGUCUGAAUUUGUUCUUCACCAGUGGACCCCCACCCACCACGUCCCAUCGCUCCCUUUACGCAACUGCCUAGCUCUGCUUGCCGGACCUGCAGCCCAGAGGCCUUUAUCAUCUAGCCUUGGCGAUAAACCGAUCCGCCCCAUAUGCCCCCUCACCUGGUCACAGAUCUGCAGCCGUAUUGGUCUGCCCCCUGAGCCCCUGACCUCACAGGGCCCACCGUGGCUCGCGCCUGAAAUAGGCUGCCUCCUGUGUGGUGAACACUGUACAGCAAAAAUCCCCUCACACCACUACGUAUAUGGAGCGUGAACGGCGUGAAGCAGUGCCUCUCACAACAGAUGCAGUGUGACAGUCACCUGCCCAGCACGACACAGCACAAUCGUGCCGCUACAUCGUCGGUCCAGUCGUGGACCGGGCAACACCAGUAGCCCAAUCCGCUAGUGAACUGACCCACACUCGUCUGGAGCAUCUCGGGCUUGACCCUGAAGUCCACCAUGAACCCAGGAAAACCGGGCUGAAAUAAAACUGUGUUUCUUUCUUUCUUCUUUUUCUUUUUUUUAAAUGAGUCUAAAUGUCUUUGUGAACCUUCUGCCGCUGGUAUUGUGUAUUUGAAACUUAAGUGAGAGAACUCAAAAGAAAAAUAGGAAAAAAAAAUAAUUGUCUUGAUCUGUCUCAAUUUUUGGUUUUAGAUAUGUGCUUUUGUCUUUACAUUUGUGCAUUGAUUACUGUAAAAAUGUGUAUUUCAAGGCAAAAAAAAAAAAAAAAAAUCUUUAAAAUAGAACAACGGCAGCUUUGUGGUCCACAUUUCUGUACAGAAAGAUGCAUUGUUUUUCCUUUCUCCGACUGAACAACAAUAACAUGAAUUAUGAUCACAAUGCUCUGUCUGUCAUUUGCUUAUGAAGUUUUGUCUUUUAACAACCAGCCGAACCUGGAUACAAACUCAAAUCUUCGCUACCGCAACGACAAAACAUUUACCAUGUGAGUCAGCUUUGAAGUGAAGACCUGCCACCAUGAUAUCAAAACACAAGCAUUUUUAGGAGAGAAAAAAAAAAAAAAAAAAAAAAACCCAAAACAUUUACUUGAAAUAUGUCUACUGUGUAAGGACGUUUGAUUUUUUUUCUUAUUUUGGUCUGAAAAGGGGGGACCGGUUGGCUGGGUAAUUCGUCAUUGCACUAAGUUGUACUGCUGUUCAAGUUACCUUCUGGUACUGCACAAGCUGUAUAUGUACCAUUUCAAUGUACUCCUGUAUAUAGCAGAUGAUUUAUUGAAGAGAUUUAUGUAAGUAGCGUUGGAGAGAUUUUUCUUGGCAUUGUUCGAAUGAUUGGUUUCUUUCACUUGCAUUUAUGAUGGAAUUCUUCAGUGAAACUCCUUGACUCUGUGAAGGAUGUACACAUUUCAACAUCUCAUCCUAUCGUUUGCUCAAGUGUCAAUUAAAAGACCACAUAUUAUAUUACAUUAUAAAAAAAAAAAAAAAAAUGAUGGUACACAAGGUGUUGAGUUCUGACUAGCAUAGAGGAGAAUAGGAUUGUAAUGUUUCUCCUCACUGGAUUCCUCCUGUUCAGGCAAAGCUGUUAUAGCCAUACAAGUCAACAUAUUGCAAUCAUUUGUACAAGAAUGUCACAGUCUAAAUAUCGACUCUUGCUGUCUCUGAGAAGAACCGCAAUCCUGAGUACUCUGUACUUCAAAGAGUUCCGAAUCAGCCGGAUUGUCACCAAAGGAGAUAAUAGCCAUAGUUUCUUCGAAAUAAAACAGCCAAUAUGUACGACGUUUUUGUCAUCAAAUACCAAAAGACCAUCGAAAGAGACGACAUUAGAUGGCAGGUGACAAGGCAACUAGAUAGAGCUAGUAUAAAAGAGAUAAACUUAUUAAAUAGUUAUACAGGAAAUUAGCACUUUUUGAAAAGCCUGAAAGAAUCAGUGCAAAAAUGCUGCCAUAUAGCAUUCAGUUUCGAAAGGAAAUUGUAUUACGUAUGUACAGUUGUCCCAUAUAUUAAAUGCACAACCGUGGCAUUAGUCAUCUAUAAUCAUAACCCAUAAUCAUAACAAUAAAUCAUCAGAUUUCCGGUGUUUUUACGAUAUAAAUCUUCGCAACACACAAAACACAUCCGAUAUACACUUAAUUACAGUGACAGUGUUGACAAAGUUAGUGUAACAUUGUUGGCCUAUGCAUACAGUUUAAGAUGGCGAUAAAUUUGUUUCUUACUUAGAGCAUUUUUGAUUGAGGCUAUUUAUUUAUUUUUUAUUUUUUUGCUUUGAAUCAUUCAAACUUAAAAAGUACCACUGGAAUUGUAAAAACUGAAUCAAUAAGCAAAGGCAACUCGAGGAAUAUUUGAAAUCAAUCACCUUGUGUUUUCAACUCCAAGUUGAAGCGAUACCAUUGCCAUGCCUUUUUUCAUUUAGUUUGAUUUAAUUCAUAUAGAAGAGGAAGUGGUCUUUUACACAAUCUUUUUAAGAAGAAAAAUUUAUGCUAUGCUGAUGAUGAGUUGAUGUGCAACGUUUGUGCUUGACACAGGUUGUGGCGAAAUGCAUUUAUUUAAAAUGGACUCUGGGAUGAAGAGAUUCAGUCUAGUUGUUUCUUCCCCCUUUUUUUGCCAUGUCUACUUGCUGUGACGUCACGGAGUGACGUAGAAUGCUGUUGGAUGUAGUUAUGCAGAAAAAGUUUUGGUGAAUUCAAACAAUAAACAUGAAUUACAUUUCUUUUGA